AUUUCUAUGGCUAUUAUAAUGAACAAGAGUUAAUUAAUUGAAGCUUUUUUUUGAAUCUCUCUGUCAGGUCCCUGUGCUAUUUAUUCUGCAAGAUAGUUUGGAAACCUAGAAUUGGGAUGCUAGGUUUACAAGAUACAAUUAGAAAGCCAGUUGGGCAUUUGAAGAAAUGCAAGUAAGUUGGUGCUCAGUGAGUAGGGGUGAGGUUAUUGGGUUUGAUGUUAGCACCAAUGAGAUGAUUUCCUCCUUGAUCUGAGGAAGGUCAGAGUGCUCAUUCUGAGUCCUAAGUUCUAAGAAGGCAAAGCUCAGGCUAGUGGGGAAAGGAAGGAUAGUCGACCUAACAUCAAUUGAGUUCCUCAAUCUCCUCGAGUUUCUGCAUGUUUGGUUGUCUUUAAUUCAGCUUAUGUGAUGCAAUUUACGAUGUUACAGAAAUUUCUCUAAGUUCUAAGAAGGCAAAGAUCAGGCUAGUGGGGAAAGGAUAGAUAAUCGACCUAACAUCAAUGAAGUUCCUCAAUCUCCUCGAGUAUCUUCAGGUCUAGUGCUCUUCCCUCAAUUCCCUUCCUGAAAUUGCUUUUACAACUGAAAAAAUCUUCAUAUUUACUAUUUACUCCCAUUCAUGGUGAAGGUUAGGUGUAAUCCCUAGUCACUGGAUUGGGUAAUUCUGGCUGUGUUCUUAUCUCUUGUUGGCAAAUUUCUUCAUAUAAGAAAGCAGUUGCAAUAAGUUUGAGUUUGAGCAGAUGCUCAAUUCUGUAGAUGUCCAAGAAGGAAGGCAAGACUGUCGAAUUCUUACUGCCUGCAAGGCUGGGGUGAUUCCUUCCCCAUUUUAUGCUCUGGUUUGAAGUUGGGUAUCAUGGUUUAGGCUGUUUUUCUAAGCUUUCAUCAAUCCCCAUGAUCCAAUAGGGUUGACUCUGGUGGGGAAUUUGUUAAUUGCAAAGCUCCAAUUCCCCAGAGUGUGAGUGAGCAUUUGAGUCUUGAGCCUUGGCAGUUCAAAAAUUUAAAAAGAAGAACUUGAAAACUCCUCUAAUGGGAAGGUUUUAUUUGGUUAUUGCUCUGUUUUUUCUAGUAUGCCUAGAAAUUCAAUCAAGUUUUGUAUCUGGUUAUCCAAUGAAGGAUGAAACAAGGGCACUUCUUGCUCUGAAAUUUGCUACAGGAGGUCUCGGGGACUGGGGGGAAGAACAUAACAGCCCAGUUUCUCCAUGUCUCUGGUCAGGGGUCACAUGCGAUCAGAACAAGACCAAGGUUAUCAGCUUGGAUCUCUCGCAUAGGAAUCUCUCUGGCUUCAUUCCAGAUGACAUUCAGUCCUUGUACCAUCUGAAAAGCCUCAAUCUCAGCAACAAUCAGUUUGCUGGUGCUUUUCCAGCAGCAGUUUUCAACCUAGGCAAGCUCAGGGCUCUGGACAUCAACCACAAUGGCUUUACAGGGGAAUUUCCCACAGGCAUUUCAGCGCUGGAAUUACUGGUGAGUUUCAAUGCUUACAGCAACAAUUUCACCGGUUCCUUGCCAGCUGACUUUGCCAGACUUCCUCGUCUCAGGCGCCUGAAUUUGGCCGGAAGUUACUUUAUUGGAUCCAUUUCGGCAGAGUAUGGCUCCAUGGGCAGUCUCAUAUAUCUGAAUUUAGCUGGUAAUAAUCUCAGUGGACCCAUUUCUCCGGAGCUUGGAAGGUUGCAAAGGCUCAGGCGCUUGGAAAUUGGUUAUAAUUCCUAUUCUGGUGGAAUUCCAGCUGAGUUUGCCAAUUUGACGGAGCUGGAAUAUCUAGACAUUGCAUCCUCUGGCCUCUCAGGUACAAUCCCAGUAGAGCUGAGCAGUCUCAAAAGGCUUCGUACUCUGUUUGUAUUCAGAAACAAUCUUGCAGGACCCAUUCCUCGUGAGCUGGGUGAGCUUAUCAGUUUGCAGUUGCUUGAUUUGUCACAAAAUAUGAUCACGGGCCCCAUUCCCAAGUCCUUUGCAGGCCUCAAAAACUUGCAGUUGAUGAACCUCAUGAUCAACAAAAUGAGCGGGAGGAUACCCAGGGCAAUUGCAGACCUUCCAAAUCUUGGAACCCUAAUGAUCUGGAACAACUCCUUCCAUGGAGAACUUCCCAAGCAGCUGGGCAGGAAUCAAAGUCUUAGAUCAGUGGAUCUCUCAGGCAACCAUUUCACAGGGGCAAUACCUCUCAAUCUAUGCACAGGUGGUAAGCUGGUAAAGCUAAUUCUUUUCUCCAACAGAUUGACAGGGCAAAUACCAUCUAGUCUCUCUCUCUGUUCAACUCUUCAGCGCCUUCGCCUUCACAGAAACAAUCUCACUGGCCAAAUCCCCAAAGGCAUUGGCUUCCUGUCCAAAUUGAACUACAUUGAUCUUUCUCACAAUGAUCUUGAAGGCUCUAUUCCUGCAGAUUUCAAUAACUGCACCAGUUUGGAAUUCUUUGAUGUUUCCUUCAACAGUCAUCUCUGUGGACCUAUUCCUACACAAGGAUUCUUCAAGCACAUAGAUUCAAGAUCUUUUGCAGGUAGCCCAGGAUUGUGUGGAGGAGUGCUACAGCCCUGUUCAAAUACAAAGUGCCCUUAUGACCCAUCAACCAAAAACAAAAGAAAAGUUUUAGGUGCUGUGUUGGGAGUUACUGCUGGAGGUACUGCUGUUGGCCUGUUGGUUACCCUCAUCUGGCUUCGCAAGCAGUAUUACAGAAGAUUGAAAGCUCAAGGUUGAUUUAGGCUAUUUCACGGGCAUAUACCAAAUGAAUUUGAAAUGCUACUAAGUUUCCAUAGGUCACAUUAAUAAUACAGGUUUGAGGUAUGUUGUUCAUUACAACCAGAUACAGGCAUCCCAAAGCCUUUAUCACCCAUGAAAUACUUCUCCGUGUGUUUAAAGCAGUGUGUCAGUUGUGUAAUCUAGAAUUAAUUCAUUGUGGGUCUGUUUAUUUCCAUGAUUCUACAAACACAGCAAUUUAUUGCUGCUUACCUGUAAUAUACAUCGUUGUCUGUACAAUGCAUACUGUAGUGCUGGUAAUAUGUGAACCACAACAAAAAUCCAAAUGUACUCCUAGCGUUGCUUCCUUGUAUAAUUAAAGUACAAAUAUGCUCAUUU